UGUACCCCAGCGGAGGCGCGUGGCCGGGCAGGCGGUGGCGCGCGGUGCUCUCUCGCGGAGGACGGGCGGUGUUAUAACCCGGCGGAGGGUGGAAACUUCAGGGGAAAGAUCUGAGACUGAGGAGGGAUCAGCGCUGCUCGGCUGGAGUCGGAUCUUUUCGGAGACUCGAAACAUGUCUGAACUAAAGAUGCAGUGAGAUGUGCCAGUUCUCCAACACACACACAGGAGAUGUGUACUAACAGAGCAUAGGACACACACAUACACUCGGUGAGAGAUGGGCUCCAGUCUGACGUGUGCAGGGGUGCUGUGGGCGUUGUUGUCGCUGCUGUGCGCCUCUGCGUCCUGCGUGGGCUUCUUCAUGCCCUACUGGCUGCUGGGAUCUCAGAUGGGGAAACCCGUGUCGUUCGGGACGUUCCGCAGGUGCUCGUACCCGGUGCGGGAUGAGGCACAGGGGGGCACAGUGAUGCUGGAGCAGUGUGGACGAUAUGCCUCUUUCCAGGGAAUUCCAAGCCUGGAGUGGAGGAUCUGCACGGUGGUCACGGGGACAGGCUGCGGCCUACUGCUGCUGGUGGCCCUGACUGCUAUUAUGGGCUGCUGCGUUACUGACCUCAUCUCACGCACCAUCGGACGAGUCGCCGGUGGGAUACAGUUUGUAGGAGGUUUGCUGAUUGGUGCUGGCUGUGCUCUCUAUCCUCUAGGCUGGGACAGUGAAGAGGUCAGACAGACCUGCAGCAACACUUCCAACCAGUUUCAGCUAGGUUCUUGUGAAAUCGGCUGGGCCUUUUACUGUACCGGGGCUGGAGCGGUGGUUGCUAUGCUGGUGUGCACAUGGAUGUCCUGCUUUGCCGGGAAGAAACAGAAGCAGUAUCCGUACUGACACAACACAGCAGCACACACUCCAGCGGGAAUAAACCCGCAUUUACAGACUAACGACAGAUCAGAAUACAUGCCUUACGGCUGCAACGCUUCCUCAUGAGAAUCAGCCUCCUGCCUUCAUGACUCCUUCACCUGCCUUUUGGGCUCCAAAGGCUGUGUCAGUACACUUUACCAAACUGACGGUUUAUAAGAGACCUGAGUGUUUCACACUCACUGCUUAGGGCUGCAUCUUAAACUGAACGACCUCCAAGAAGAGAAGAGACGGUUCUAAAGACUCUUUUAUUCUCUUUUAUUUUUGCAUUUUUUGGCAUAGAGUAACUAUUGUUCUCAGUGUGUGACUAAAGUUUUCUGGUGCUGUGUGUGUGUUUGUAUUUGAUUAUUAUGGACAUAUUCUGUAUUUAUAUUAAUAUCUUGUUGUUUGCUUUACGUAUCUUCACAUGCAAUAAACAUUAUUCCAAAUGAAAGGUUUAUUCAUAAAAAGAAAAUAAACUCAUUAUUCUGUGCUAU